AUGGAUGAAAAGGACAAACAAAUCACACAAUCAAUCAAUCAAUGGCUCAACGAUUUCAUCACCAAAUAUAACGACACAAUUGUUUUGUGGGCUUUUGUCUGCGACUAUGAGCUGAUCUCAAGAGUCUAUGGAUUGGUGUAUAUAAUGAGCGAUAAAGUGGUGCUGUAUUUAUCCGUUGAAUGGUAUCCAAUGCUAAUACUUCGGCGCCAAUACCACAACCUAUUGGGAGAACCCAUUUGUCUGGAUAUCCAUCGGUUCACUAAUUGCUGUCAACUAAUGAUCACCAAAACUAACCGCAGAUGGGAUUCACUGCAACUCCUGGCGAUGGCCGCCCUCUUCGUCGCCGUCUUCUUCACCGCAAAUAUCAACAAAAUUUUGGAUCGACUGGUGAUACUGUCGAUGACGAUAGUGUUGAUGAUUGCGUUAGUGUAUUGGCGAACGCAUGCAUAUAAAGAGUCGAUCGUAUUGUUGGACAACGUGUCUGGUCUGGAGCUGACACAACACUACUCACUACUGGGCGUCCACUGGAAGCGCUCACAAUUCAUACUGAGCUCCACUAUUAUCAUCAACGAAGCCAUUACUAUGGUUAGCGUUUGCAUCAUCGAGUAAUCUAUUAUUUGGUUUCGAUUCCCCUUUCGUUAAGUACUCUCCUAUUGAGUGAUAAUACAAAUGAAAGCGAUUCUAAGUCACAGACCAGAGAGACCAGAAUCGGUGCUCGAAAUACAACACAUGUCCGCGAAUCGAUUGUCUUCGAGUGAUGUAUCAACACAUCAAUGAUUUCAAAACAAACACCAAUCGUGCGAUCAAUCAUAAGACAAUCGACGCAUCCAUUAAAUCAUUGAAUAGUAAAUCAUCAAAACAUUCGUUAACUACUAGUCCUAGAAAUGGUU